GCAAAAGUAGAGUAUGAAAAGGGUGUCUUGUUGCCCAAGUUCUGAAAAAGCAUUUCGAUUAACACCGGAGACGAACCCUCCUUCAUCUCUCCCAACACUCAACUCACUCGAUCAACUUCCAUUUUCAGAGGAGAGAGAAAGUGAACCAAACUCAGUUCUACAACAAUGGCGAGAUACGACAGAGCCAUUACAGUCUUCUCACCUGACGGUCAUCUCUUUCAGGUCGAAUACGCUCUUGAAGCCGUCCGUAAGGGUAACGCUGCCGUCGGUGUUCGUGGUACCGAUACUGUUGUUCUUGGGGUUGAGAAGAAAUCUGCUGCUAAACUUCAGGAUUCCAGGUCGGUCAGAAAAAUUGUAAACCUCGACGAUCAUAUUGCUUUAGCUUGUGCUGGUCUUAAAGCAGAUGCUCGUGUUCUAAUAAACAGGGCACGUAUUGAGUGUCAAAGCCACAAGCUGACCUUGGAAGAUCCAGUAACAGUUGAGUAUAUAACUCGUUACAUUGCUGGACUUCAGCAGAAGUAUACCCAAAGUGGUGGUGUUAGACCAUUUGGGCUGUCCACCUUGAUUGUGGGAUUCGACCCGCACACUAAUGUACCAGCACUGUACCAGACAGAUCCAUCUGGUACCUUUUCAGCUUGGAAGGCUAAUGCAACUGGAAGAAACUCUAACUCAAUAAGAGAAUUUCUAGAGAAAAAUUAUAAAGAAACUUCUGGGCAAGAAACUGUCAAGCUGGCUAUUCGUGCACUGCUUGAAGUUGUUGAAAGUGGAGGAAAGAACUUGGAAGUUGCUGUGAUGACGAAAAAAGGUUUGCAUCAGCUUGAGGAAUCUGAGAUUGAUGCCAUAGUUGCAGAGAUUGAAGAAGAAAAGGCAGCAGCUGAGGCCGCAAAGAAGGGUCCUUCUAGUUCUUAACUUGCAGACUUGUGAAUUAGGCUGUUCCUUUCGAGUUUUAAUCUAUUCCUAUUUCUGCUUCUUGUUUAGCUCUAAACUUCUAAAGUGUUGACGAGUCAGACUUGGAUUUCAUGUAUGUGCUGCUAGCUUGGUUUAUUAGCCCCGUGAUAUCAUCUGAAAAGCCAUCAAUCAGUGGUAGAUUUGUUGAAUCUUUUGGUAUUUUGCUUCAUUAUGCCUUAGUAAAAGUACCUUGUUGACUCUGGCAAUUAUUUUUAGUUUCGAUUAAUUGGAUGGUGUGAAUUGUGAAGGUCA